AAGACAAAUAUCGCGAGUUGUCGCCCGAACGAAGUGAGCUUGUUUGAUAGUAUAAAAUGUUUUAGAUUUGAAGGUACAUACUAGAAAGGAUCAAUAAAGACAGACUUCCUUCGCACUUCCGAAUUCUAUUCUACUUAGUUUAAACAUUAAAUUCAAUCGAAAUUAUGGCCAGUUUGGACGAUUUUCAGCGCAUCAUCAUUCCAGUUUUAUUUUUGUUCACUCUUCUAAUUUUUGCAUUGAGUCUUCCUGUCCUUAUUGUUUUGGUGAUCUUUGGUAAUGUCUACGUAAAAGUUGUCUGUUCCAUUUAUUUGGUAUUUUAUAUCUCCGGUUUUUUACGGAAGGUAACAGAUCGCGGUGGAAGAAGAGCAUGUCAAUGGGUACGAAACUGGUGGUUAUGGAAAUGGCUUCUGAAUUACUUUCCAGUAGAUUUAGUAAAAACAGCCGACCUGUCACCCGAUCACAAUUAUCUCAUCUGUAUCUUCCCACAUGGAUAUUUAAGCAUCGGUGCCUUUCUGAAUUUCGCUUCGAAUCAUUCGAAAUGGUCGACAUUAUUCCCUGGCAUUCGUCCCAGACUCACAUCUCUGGUCAUGAACUUUAACUUUCCAGCAUCUCGUGAACUGUAUCUAUCCCUUGGAAAGAGUACAGUUUCAGCCGCAUCGCUCACGGCUCUACUGACGCAAUCAAAUGACCCUAGAGAUCCAUCGAAUCGUGAUGGAUGUACGGCAAGUGCGGUCGGAUUAAUAGUUGGUGGCGAGCGAGAGCAACGCAUUGCAGCCAACGACACGUACAAAUUUGUGCUGAAAAAUCGUAAAGGCUUCGUCCGUAUCGCAUUAAAGACGGGAGCAUCACUUGUUCCAGCUAUUUCAUUCGGUGAAAAUAAUACUUUCGAUUUGAAUGGAUGGCGAUUCCGUUUCAACGGUCGCGUUCCCAUUACUACUGUUGUCGGAGCACCGAUUCGUGUGCAAAAAAAUCCGCAUCCGGACGAUGAUGAAGUCAACGAGGUUCAUGAACUAUUUUGUAAGGCGAUCAGAGUAUUGUUUGAAGAACACAAAGGGCAUUACGUUGAGAAUUCUGAUAAAGUUCAGUUAGAAUUGGUGUGACGGAAAGUGAUUAGCAUUGGCGAGAAUCAGAUUCAACAAACCAAAACUGAAGUCACUAAAAAAUGGAACACUCAUGCAUGGAGUACUUGGGUGUUCUAAUCAAUAAAUCUUAGGAGGCUUAGCGAUAAAUAAGAUAAACGUUGUUGCCAAUUUUUAUUAUCUAAUGAUGAAUGUUGUGAAUGUAUAUUUGUGAUAUAAAGCGCUUAA